GCACUCACUCUCUUGCUCUUGUGGUGGGUUGUGAAUCGGUUGAAGCCAAGGCCAAAGCUCAAAGCUCAAAUAUUCAUGGAAACAUAAAUGCACGAGAAUAGCAAACGACUGGGAGCAAACAAAAUGUUGAGUGUUAGUCGAGUAGAGACCGCUCUUCAAAGUGGGAAUGCUCACAAGGAAUAUACGAAUAAAAAAGUUAAAAAUAUAGGAGCAUAGAUUUAUUAGAACGGAAAACAGUGAUUCGUGAACCUACAGUUAUAAUAACAUCGAUGCAAGCGGUGUGACCAGCCUUUGUCAAAUUCACAUGCUACUUAGGGCACACUACCGCCGCUAAAUGCAAAUCUGUCUAGUCGCCACGAAAAUACGCAGCCGAGCUUUAAACCGCCCAAGAAGAUGACACUAAUUGGGCCGCGGUCAACUUUGAGUGUGUUUAGUGUUUUGGGUUCAGCGUUUAGUUUUAUGUUUUUAGUGCGACGCAUUUCAGUGUUCAGUGUCAGUGUUGCCUGGUUCUUUGAGCCCAACUGACGACUGUUGAUUCCGUGUGGGCUUUUCACCUGUCGAAAGUUGCGAAUUAAUAUGACACCGCCCCGGCUGAGUCGCUAUUUGAUGGCUGUGCGUGGUGGGCGCGAUGGGGAGCAGCACAGCAAGAACUCGCAGACCGACGAGGAGAAGCAGCGCGAUCGACAGCGCAACGAGCGCGAGGCCAAAAAGGAAGAGCAGGACGCCAUCAACUACAAGCGCGACAAGGAGCAACGCGAGGCCCGUCUGCUGGACUUUGAGAUACGCCGCCAGCAGAAGCGGGACGAGCAGCAGCAGCAGCGCCAGCAGCAGCAGCAACUGCAGCAGCACCGCGAGCAGCAGCACCAGCAGCAUCAGCAGCAGCGCGAGCAACUGCAGCAGCAACACCGCGAGCAGCAGCAACAGCUGCAUCAGCAGUCCAGCGAGAAGAGUCCGCCUACCUCGUCCGCCGCCCACCAGACACAUCCACACUCGCAGCAGCCACAGCAACAGCAGCGGCAACACUUACACUUGCAACAGCAACACCUGCAACACCAGCAGCAACAGCAGCAGCAGCAACAGUCGACGGGCAGCGGCAGCAGCAACACUCCGGUGACCCCAAAGUUGCAGACUCCGCCACCCGAUCGCUCGCUGCCGCCCGCCUUCCGGAGUCGAUCGAUCGAGCGGGAGAUCCUCUACGAGCGGAAGCGAUUCUCGCAGCCGGAAGCCGGCGAGAUCAAGGUUUUCCAUCACCAUCUUCCAUCUCCAUCUUAGUCAUCAACCACAACCCACCCCAUCCACUUGCACCUGCCAGCGGCAACUUCCCUUCUUUUUGUUUGGAGGUGGACAAAAAAGAACAAUCCUACAAUUAGCAUGUUUUUAUUUUGUAAAAAAAAUAAUGUGUAUUUAAAGGGCAACCAUAUUGAUUUCUAACCCAAUUAUAGAUAAGUUAAUACUUCAUUACAAAAGUUUCUUUUUCGUCAAAUUCUUAUUAUAUUUAAAUUCUUAAAUAAUUUUCAUAAAUUCUUAUAACUAAUUUUAUUUCAUAUCUUUUAAGCUAUUCUUUAAAUGUUUGUUAUUAUAUUGGUAAAGUGUCUUGUUAAUUUUAACGUUUUGGGAUUAAUGAAUUCUUCUUUUGAAGUCCUAAUUUGUAUAUCUGAUUAAACUUAAGAUACAAUUCAUCUCUCAACCCCUGAUACCGAUUUUGUCCACCUCGUUUCACAAUGAACUGUUAAUGAAAUAUACUUUUAUGGGGAAUCCACUUUGAACAGGAGCUUGAUAGUACGACAUCAUCAUCGUCCACGCAGCAGACCUUCCCUGGCAGUGCAGUCGGGGCGGGCAGAGCGGCGACAGCGACAGCGACAGCGACAGCGGGAGGGGCAGCGGC